AUGAUGCGGUAUUUAUUAGAUAAAUUUUGGAACGAAGACGUUUGGCUGCCGCCGAAUACGACUUGGGAAGAUAUCGAACCUGGGCCUGAUAAAGUGGUGGUUUAUAAUGACCACACUCAUCUUCUCUACCCCAUACCCCUGGCAUUCGUGCUCAUUGCGCUUCGGCACGUUUUAGAGAAAUAUUGGUUUGCACCCUUUGGCAAAUCAUUGGGCAUAAAGCACACAAGGUCUAAAAAGGCACCCAGUAACCCAAAGCUGGAAUUAGCAUAUCAAGAGUGCUCUAAAAUUAAACAUAAGCAGUUGUUUUUCAGCAGGGAACAGAUAUGUGCGCUGGCGAAGCAGUUGGACAUGACGGAGAGGCAAGUGGAGCGCUGGUGGCGGCUGCGCAGGAGCCAGGAUAAGCCCUCGACCCUCGUAAAGUUCUGCGAAAAUGCGUGGAGGUGUACUUUCUAUUUCUACAGUUUCUCGUAUGGUGUAUUCAUCCUGUGGGAUAAGGAUUGGCUCUGGGAUAUAGACCAGUGCUAUAUUGGUUAUCCUCAUCAGGGUGUCACCAGUGACAUCUGGUGGUACUACAUGAUAUCGUCGGCGUUCUACUGGGCGCUAACCCUGUCCCAGUUCUGGGACGUGCGUCGCAAAGACUUCUGGCAGAUGUUCGUGCACCACAUCGCCACGAUCGCUCUGCUCUCCUUCUCGUGGGUCUGCAACCUUCACCGGAUCGGGACGCUGGUGCUACUGGUGCAUGAUUGUGCGGACAUUUUCUUAGAGGCGGCCAAAGCAGCGAAAUACGCGAACUACCAAAAGCUGUGUGACUUCAUCUUUACCAUAUUCACCGUCCUAUGGAUUGUCACCAGGCUAGGAAUAUAUCCUUUCUAUAUUAUUUGGAGCACAUCGAUUCGCGCUCCCAUGCUGCUGCCGAUGUUUGCUGCUUAUUAUAUCUUUAAUUCGCUGCUCUGUUUGCUGUUGUGCCUGCAUAUGGUGUGGACGUGGCUAAUACUACAAGUAGCUUACAAAUCAAUUAAUGCUGGCAAGAUGGAAGGCGACAUUCGCAGUUCGAGUUCCGACAUGAGUGAUAGUUCCCACCAAUCCAACCACAGUACUCCAAAUAGGAUCAACAAUAAGAAGGAGAAGUAA